GUUCCGAUCAAGACAGUCCGCAUCGAAAAGAAUGUCGGUCAGUCGUUCGGCGCCACGGUCGCCGAGGUGAACGGCCGCAUCUAUGUUGCGCGUCUCAUGCUUGGCGGCGCUGCUGCUAACAGUGGUCUGCUGACGCCCGGUGACGAGAUUCUGGCCGUCAACGACCAGGACAUUUCUAAAAAGUCGGUGGAACAGGUUGUUUCGCUCAUCAAGGGCGCGACGGGCAUUGUGUCGUUCCGACUGCGUUCGGCGCAGACAGACAACGGCCCAACGCCGCCUCCGCUUGAGAUCAAGCGCACUGUGCGCGCGCAGUUUGAGUACGUCCCCGCCAAGGACGAGCUCACCCCCUGCGUGGACGCGAUGCUCGCCUUCAAGCGUCGCGAGGUGCUCGAAAUCCUCAAUAUGGACGACGAGAACUGGUGGCAAGCGCGCCGAUAUGGCACCACCAAGAUUGGCCUCAUUCCUUCGCUCCCCCUGCAGGAGGUCCGACGGGCCAAGGUCAUUGCCCUGCGCAACGCCCAAUCGCGCGACUCUGCGGCUGCCAACGGCGCCGGCGGCGACGACGAUGGCUCUGACUCGAACGCCAGCUUCCGCAAGAAGGACAGCAAAGCCCUUGCCAUGCGCAACCAGUCCAUGUAUAUUGCCACCUCCAAGUCGAAGGACGUCGACGAAACUGGCAACCUCGGCUUCUACGAGACUGUGGAGCUGCAACAGCCGGCCGCUGGCCGCAAGCGACCAUUCGUCAUUGUUGGCACGGAUGGUGUUGGCAAGAGCGAAAUCCGUCGCAAGCUGUUGGGCGAAUUCUCUGGCCAGCUGUCCACUGUUGUUCCUCACACUUCCCGCGCACCUCGAGAGAACGAACAGGAAGGCCGCGAAUACUACUUCUCGAGCAAGGAUGUCAUGACCAAGGACAUUGCUGAGAAGAAGUUCAUUGAGCAUGGCGAGUACAAGGACAACUUGUAUGGCACGCACGUCUCAUCGGUCCAAAAGCUUAUCGAUGCCGGCAAGACUGUCCUGCUCGAGGUGCAUCCCCAUGCCCUUGGACAGCUCCAGCUCAUCAAGCCUUACCCGUUUGUGCUGUUUGUGCAGCCCCCAUCUGUUGAUGUCUUGGCAAAAAAGAACCCCGAGAUUGCCAAGGAGAAGCUCCAAGAAGUCGUCAAGGCCAGCGACCGCAUCGACCGCAACGUUGGCUUCUUCUUUGACGCGACGGUGGUCAACGCAGACUUUUCCGCCACCUACGAGUCCGUCAAGCAGCUCGUGGCACAAGCAGACAAGGAGCCUUUCUGGGCGCCAGUGCCCGCUGCAAGCAAGUAA